GACGGAAGGAUACACUUGGGUGUGAUGAACGACUAUAAAUACUCAUGUGACCUCGCUCAAUCGUCGUUUCUCUGGACAUUCAAUGUUAGUUUGGUAGCAUUCCGAGCGCUCAGUUCUCCCUCGCAAAAUGGCAGUUUAACGUGCAGCGGCUUAUCUAGCAGCGGCAACAACCCGGCAGUGCAACAGUCAAGCACUGGCUUUUUUACGCAAAAUGGCGUAAGUAAAAAUUAUACAUAUUUAUUCUCAGGAAAUGUCAAGUCAGACACAUGUCAGCUGUCCGACAGGUGUGGCUGGCAAGCAGGCUUGGGAGGUUGUUGUUAGCGGUCUAGCUAACUCAACAAUACAAGAGCUUAGCUGUAGCUAGCUAUUUACUUAAGAUAUUUGAUAUGUCAGACUGUCAGCUAGAUUGGGCUGUCUUUGGCACCUACCCAGCUGUGGAAAUACAAUGACUCGUAUCAGCUGUCUGCCUGAAAUAACUAACGUUAGAUAGCAUAUCCUAUGCAGUUGUGUCGGCGUUUCAAUGCGGUUCAACAAACUGACAGAACCAUGUGGAUCCGAUGCCAUCUACAGUGGUCCAUUUAAAUAGAUAGUUACGUCAUAACUAACUAAUUAGCUACCUCCUCAUAUUGAAUAACUGUGUUAUGAUUUUUAACUAAUGUUGUUAAACUCAGACUCAUAAAUGAAGUUGCUAUUCCAGACAUGGCAACGUGGCACUUUCAAAAUGGCGUACUUUUGUCCUCUCGCUUUUCACUUCCCUCUCAUGACAGAUGGUUGUGUUGUGAAAAUGGCGGUAUCCUCCCCUCCCCUCUCCGUUUCAAUAGUGAGUCAGGGAGGAGGCGGUGUUACCGGUCACAUCAUGACCAAAUUAGGCAAUGUUGUCCACUGGCGGAGGGCGGGGAGUUUACCGUCACUGGCGGAAUGACUUUCCACUGACGGAUUAGACGAGAAUAGCUCUCCUACUAUUUUAUUAUGUAAUACGUCUGAAUGUGAAAUACAUUAAUAUAAUAAGUAAUGCGUUUUAGGAGAUAUUAAGUCAAAGUUGAUAUUGACUCGAUUUUACUUACUUGAAUUGUUCCUUUUAGUUCACUUUGACUCGAUUUUACUUACUUGAAUUGUUCCUUUUAGUUCUUAGUGGAAUAAAUGGCCACAUUUGCCAGGAAACGAUCGAAUGUUACUGUUGACUAGGACAUAACUUAAGGUUUUACAAGGUAUCUCUAGCUGACUGUUUUCAGCUCUAUUUCCCAGACACAUACUUCCUCUUAACAGACUUCCUCCUAACACUGAGGGCUUUUGUUUAUUUGGACCUACCCCGGUGGGAGGAGUUUGAACCGGUUCAUUCGUUUUGGAACCAGGCUGCCUCCCCAGGUGUGAGCCAGGUGCCAUGCUCUGGCCAACUGCGAAGUCGGCUCAAAACAAAAGUGACAUAAAUAAGGACGUGUAGGAUUCUGUGUUUUCACAUGCAAAAGUGAUUGCUUUUGAUAAAAACUCUGUAUCUGCCUUCCCAAUGAAAACUAGUUAAACAUUUAUUUUAUGGAAAGCGAUGUAUGUUUCUGGAAGAUGCACCAUGCUGCCUUUGUUGACAACAUAACCAAGCUGCGCAGAUUAUUGUUUGAUUUGAGAAGGGUGCUCCCUCCCCCCCGUUUCAACCCGGGCCAGCAUAAUAUAACUCCUUCCAUGGGUCUUACUAACACAAUACAAUGAGGCUAGUUAAUACCUCUUGGUCUUUCUAACACAAUACAAUGAGGGUAGUCAAUGAGUAGCACCAUUUAACUGACACCAUAUAUUGAUAUGAUUACCUAUCCCUCAAAACAAUGACGUGGCAAAGAGAUUAUUUUGAAGAACGAGCUGGCCUUAAUGGCCAUGUAGUCUUUUCUCCACCCGGCACAGCCAGAAGAGGACUGGCCACCCCUCAGAUCCUGGUUCCUCUCUAGGUUUCUUCUUAGGUUCCUUCCUUUCUAGGGAGUUUUUCCUAGCCACCAUGCUUCUACAUCUGCAUUACUUGCGGUUUGGGUUUUUAGGCUGGAUUUCUGUUUAAGCACUUUGUGACAUCUGCUGAUAAAAAAAAAAUACAUUUUAUUGAUUAUUUUCCUUUUUCUGUAGCCUAGCUAUAAUGGUACUAAGGCCCUGUUAUACACCACAUCUCACCCCUAUCCCACCUUCUCCUCUCCUCUAGUAUGUAUAGACAUGCAAAAUACAUUUCUGUUGCUCAUGUAGUAAAUGAACCAAUAAAGUCAUCUUCUCUCCUCUAUGGAACUACUUGUCAUACCGAAUUUGUAACCCCAAUCCCUCCAUCUCUCUCUCCUUCCUCCAUCCAGGUCUCUCAAACCAACCACCCUCAGCUCUGCUGUUGUCUACCACAGCACGAUAUCACCGUUCCCCCUAACGACGACAACGUCAGAAGACUCUCUGUUAUCCUGUUAUAAUUCACUGUUACUGUUGACAAGCACCAGAAGAAGCAGUCAUGUCCCUGUUGAGUUCCCAACUGGCCUUGGAGGACGUUGGGGCCCAGUUACUGGACAACUGGUUUCUGACGGCUGACCCCAUGGGGCCCCGUCUGGACCAAGAUGAAGAGGAUGAUCUACCCCCCUCUCUCUCCUUCUCUUCUUCCAGCUCCCUCUCUCUCUCCAACUCUUCUGCCUCCUCCCUUUCUCCCUCCUUUAGUUUGUCUCCUUCCCCCUCCCAUCUCUCGUUCUCCCCCCCUCCUCCCUCGUUCCUGGUGAGCAGCAAGGCCGGGUCCGGGGUAGAGGAUCAACUGAUGCCGUUGACUCCAUGGCUGGAAGCUAGCGAGCUGCUCGAUGCCCACAUGGGAACAAACGGCUGCAGAGGUGAGAACACAGCUGAAAUGAAAACCAACAAAAAAACACGAUAACGCCACCUCCAAGUGAUUAUUGAUUUCAUCGCAACAGGUUUGAUCUUAAAAGCCUGUGCUGGGUUCUCAUCCUGCAACGUGAACUUAAUGUAAACUAACUAAAUUAUUACUAGAAAUCUCCCAUCUAAUUCCCACUAUACUCUGCCCAAAUACCAAGCUCAAGUGUUGCGAAAGACAUACAAACUCCUCCUUUGUUUGCUGCCUAACCCUAUACUUGGUUCCAUCGGUGGUGUUAUCACAGUGUUGGGCCUAGGUUAAGUUUCCCCUUGUCCUAGUGUUUUCAGUCAGUCAAUACUGGAGGAUUUUCAAAGGUGGUGUUAUCACAACUAUUAGGCUUAAACCUAUAAUUUUAAGCAAUCUCCCGCCUACGCUCUCCCCUGGGCUCGGUUUGUCAUAAACAGUUGCCCGAUGCCAACCUACAGUUGAAGUCGGAAGUUUACAUACACUUAGGUUGGAGUCAUUAAAACUCAUUUUUCAACCACUCCACAAAUUUCUGGUUAACAAACUAUCGUUUUGGCAAGUCGGUUAGGACAUCUACUUUGUGCAUGACACAAGUAACUUUUCCAACAAUUGUUUACAGACAGAUUAUUUCAUUUAUAAUUCACUGUAUCAAAAUUCCAGUGGGGCAAAAGUUUACAUACACUAAGUUCACUGUGCCUUUAAACCGCUUGGAAAGUUCCAGAAAAUUAUGUCAUGGCUUUAGAAGCUUCUAAUUGACAUCAUUUGAGUCAAUUGGAGGUGUACCUGUGGAUGUAUUUCAAGGCCUACCUUCAAACUCAGUGCCUCUUUGCUUGACAUCAUGGGAAAAUCAAAAGAAAUCAGCCAAGACCUCAGAUAAAAAAUUGUAGACCUCCACAAGUCUGGUUCAUCCUUGGCAGCAAUUUCCAAACGCCUGAAGGUACCACGUUCAUCUGUACAAACAAUAGUACGCAAGUAUAAACACCAUGGGACCACGCAGCCGUCAUACCGCUCAGGAAGGAGACUCGACUUUGGUGCGUAAAGUGCAAAUCAAUCCCAGAACAACAGCCAGGGACCUUGUGAAGAUGCUGGAGGAAACGGGUACAAAAGUAUCUAUAUCCACAGUAAAACAAGUCCUAUAUUGACAUAACCUGAAAGGCCACUCAGCAAGGAAGAAGCCACUGCUCCAAAACCGCCAUAAAAACCCAGACUACGGUUUGCAACUGCAUAUGGGGACAAAGAUCGUACUUUUUGGAGAAAUGUCCUCUGGUCUGAUGAAACAAAAAUAGAACUGUUUGGCCGUAAUGACCAUCGUUAUGUUUGGAGGAAAAAGGGGGUUGCUUGCAAGCCCAAGAACACCAUCCCAACCGUGAAGCACAGGGGUGGCAGCAUCAUGCUGUGGGGGUGCUUUGCUGCAGGAGGGGCUGGUGCACUUCACAAAAUAGAUGGCAUCAUGAGGAAGGAAAAUUAUGUGGAUAUAUUGAUGCAACAUCUCAAGACAUCAGUCAGGAAGUUAAAGCUUGGUCGCAAAUGGGUCUUCCGUAGCCCCGUGUAGCUCAGUUGGUAGAGCAUGGCGCUUGCAACGCCAGAGUUGUGGGUUCGAUUCCCAAGGGGGGCCAGUAUGAAAAUGUAUGCACUCACAAUUACUGUAAGUCACUCUAGAUAAGAGUGUCUGCUAAAUGACUAAAAUGUAAAUGGACAAUGACCCCAAGCAUACUUCCAAAGUUGUGGCAAAAUGGCUUAAGGACAACAAAGUCAAGGUAUUGGAGUGGCCAUCACAAAGCCCUGACCUCAAUCCUACAGAAAAUGUGUGGGCAGAACUGAAAAGGCAUGUGCGAGCAAGGAGGCCUACAAACCUGACUCCGUUACACCAGCUCUGUCAGGAGGAAUGGGCCAAAAUUCACCCAACUUAUUGGGGGAAGCUUGUGGAAGGCUACCCUAAACGUUUGACCCAAGUUAAACAAUUUAAAGGCAAUGCUACCAAAUACUAAUUGAGUGUAUGUAAACUUCUGACCCACUGGGAAUGUGAUGAAAGAAAUAAAAGCUGAAAUAAGUCAUUCUCUCUACUAUUAUUCUGACAUUUCACAUUCUUAAAAUAUAGUGGUGAUCCUAACUGAUCUAAGUCAGGGAAAUUUUACUAGGAUUAAAUGUCAGGAAUUGUGAAAAACUGAGUUUAAAUGUAUUUGGCUAAGGUGUAUGUAAACUUCCGACUUCAACUGUAUAUGGUAAUCAUUAACCAUAGAGGUCGUUAGUAACUACUUGUAUUACCUGUUUGCACAUCCAAACGUGAUGACAAGCCCCCAUCACCUGAACAAACUGGUUUGCUCCAGAUUACUGUAACGUAAGACUGGUGUCAGCGUUGCUUUUCCUCCUAUUGUACAGACAGGAAACAUGUCGGCUAACAAUAGGGUUUUAUAGUAGGGCUCAGGGAUCACCUACUUCAAUGUCCCCACGAAUCAGGAUUAGACUGGAAUAUUGUCUUUCAGAGCAGAGUUUCGUUUGGGAAACCCUGUUUCAGAGGACUGAUUUUCCUUCGGGAUCACUGUACAAUUAUUGUUAAAAUUGUCACGUCAUCAAAUACAUUGAGUAUAAUGUGUUGUAUAUUUAGAUGGAAGUUACUUAUCACUUCUCACCCCCCCCCCUCUCAAUCUCUUCUUCACAGAUGAUGCAUUUUCGGGCAUGGACUGGAUGGCUGAGAAGAUAGACCUGAGUGAUUUCGACCUGGACUCUCUGAUUGGCUCCUGUUGUUCCGAUGCCCCGCCCAGUUCCCCCGAGGAGCUCCUGGCCUCCCUGGAGACCCACAUGGACCUAGACCUGGUACACCCUUUCACUGUCCCAAUCCCUGCCCCACGCGAGGUACUCCUGGCCCUGGGCAUCCCUCUGGCCGACCUACCCCCUUUGGUUCUCCCCUCCCUGGAGCUCCCUGAAGAAGAGGUAAAGGAUGAGGUCAGAGGUCCAGUGGUGACGGUUCAGGAUCAAGAGGUUGUGGUGAAGUCUGAGCCACAGUCCCCAGCACCCCUUUCUCCGGCUCCCCUCUCCCUGGGGUAUACCCUCGAGCUGGGGAGCGAAGUGGACGUUGAUGUCUUGGAAGUCGAGACCACCGACACUCCAACCACCAUCAUCCCGGAGCCCAGCUACCGCCUCCAGACCACCGCCCCUGUUGUCCUCUCCGGCCACUUCGUGGUGGUCCUCUCCCCUAAAGAGGAGCCAACCAUCCUCCCCACAUCAACCCUCUUUUCCUCAGCCUCCAGUAGCUGUGAUGACCAGUCUGAUGACAGCGAUUCUGGCAUCGACUCUGUAUCUGGCUCCCCUCCUCGCCACCCAUCUUCAUCCCCCUCUCCUUCUCCCUCCAUAGCCGGGUCCUCCAGGACCAAACCCUACUCCAAACCCGACCCCAAGACUACAUCCCCCACAACCCUCAGUGGCAAGGUCAAAUCAGUAUCCGGGGCACCCAAGGUCGUGGAGAAGAAACUCAAGAAGAUGGAGCAGAACAAGACAGCGGCGACACGCUACCGACAGAAGAAGAAGGGCGAACAGGAAGUGCUGAGUGCGGAGUGUUCCGAGCUGGAGCAGAGGAACCGUGAGCUGGCAGAGAAGGCUGAAGGCAUCAGCAGAGAGAUCCAGUACCUCAGAGAUCUGAUGGAGGAGGUCCGCUCAGCCAAGAACAGGAAGAAGACCACUGUUAGUGUGGCGUAGUCAGCGGAAAUUAUGGAUCGAACGAAGGAAAGAAAGAAUGAGGGAAUGCAUGGAAUGAGAUCCAGUACCUUGUGGAGGAGGGGCUACGUCCUGGUUAUCCACCCUUCUCCCAAAGUGUACACUUGCAUACUUGCUGUCUAUGAUGGGAAGUUUGCAUUUGCAUGCUUUGGGAGAAGGGUGAAGAAUCGAGAAGGCAGUCGGGGAAUGGCUAGAAAAAUGACAGAAAAGUUGAUGAGAUUAUUAUUGGGGAGAAGAUGUGGGACUGAGAUUUUAGUCAGGCGAUGCAUCAGUCAUGCUGGUCUGUUCUGUAUUAACCCUAUCAGAGCGUUACACUGGUAUACAUACACACCAUUAAACACACACAAGUGUUGUAUGGUAUAUGUCAGGGUUCUUCAAUUCCGGUCCUGGAGGGCCGAAACAC